CUUUCAAUUCACACUGUCCUUCCUGAGGACGCAGACAGACUCUUCGUCAACACCAAAUCAUCCUUUUCAUCAAACACAUUGGGAGCUCCAUUCAACAUGCAUUCCAGAUUCAUCUUCAUCCUCUGCUUGUUUGCUGCACUAUUUCAAGGAUCUUAUUCAGCCAACAAAUCACCUCCAUCCUCAUCCUCCGUCGUUUUUCAAGUCACCGGAAAUGUUUAUCCCAGAGGGUACUAUCAUGUGACGAUGAACAUAGGGAAUCCACCGAAACCUUAUUGGCUGGACAUUGACACCGGCAGUGAUCUCACUUGGCUUCAAUGUGAUGUACCAUGUGUCAAAUGCCUCCCGGCACCUCACAGGCCUUAUAAGCCUAACAAAGACCUUGUGGCAUGCACGGACCCAAUGUGUGCAUCUGUUCAUUGGCCAGAAACACUUGAAUGCAAGUCUCCGAAGGAUCAAUGUGACUAUGAAGUUCAGUACGCCGACCAUGGAUCAUCUCUUGGUCUAAUGGUCAAAGACUGGUUUCCUCUACAAUACAUCAAUGGAAGUGUAGCCAAACCUCGUCUUGCAUUCGGAUGUGGUUACAAUCAAGAAGUUCACUCCUCAAUGGACCCACCCUACACUGACGGAGUUCUUGGUCUAGGGUUAGGCAAAUCAAGCAUCUUAAGCCAAUUAAACGAACUCGGUAUAACAAGAAACAUAGUUGGUCAUUGUCUCGGUGCACAAGGAGAUGGAUUUCUGUUUUUCGGAAAUGAACUUGUUCCUUCUUCAGGGGUAAUCUGGACACCCAUGUCAACAACCGAAAUCGAUAAACACUACUCUUUGGGAACUGCUGAGUUGUACGUUGGCGGAAAAGCAAGUGGAAUAAAAGAUCUUCCCAUAGUGUUUGAUAGUGGAAGUACGUACACCUACUUUAGUGCAGAAGCUUAUAAAGCUCUAGUUUCCACGCUUAUGAAUGACAUUAAAGGAAAGCAGCUAAAAACUGCAAAUGAUGAUAAAAGUCUCCCACUAUGCUGGAAAGGAUCAAAACCUUUCAAGUCUGUUCAAGAUGUCAAAAACAUAUUUAAGCCGAUAAUGUUGAGCUUUGCAAAGUCGAAGUAUGUUCGGUUUCAGAUGGACCCCGAAGCAUAUCUCAUCAUCAGUGAACGUGGAAAUGCAUGUCUUGGGAUCUUGAAUGGUUCGGAAGUCGGCCUCGAAAAUAUUAAUCUGAUUGGAGAUAUAUCGUUCCAUGACAAAAUCAUCAUCUACGACAAUGAGAAGCAGCAGAUCGGUUGGGCUCCUGCAAAUUGCAAGAAACUCCCAAACAUAGAUGAUGAUGGCGAUCCAGAUCACGGAGGGCUUUGCAAGCCCUAUGGUUCAAACCUUGACAUUUUACAAGCCUAUUGUGCUGCUUAGUAACUUGAGAAAAGGUUGAUAAAUAAAGAGCUUCCAGACUCGGAUAUAAAAAAGGCAACAAAUAAUUAUUAUUAUUAUAUAUAUAUUGCCAGUAAAUACAUAUGUUCAGUUGUUAGUUACAAGUUGUAAGGCAUUUUACAUAAUGGAAAUUUUGAAUUAAUGUCCACAUCAGCAAUAUCAUCACCCUGCCAUGAUGGAAAUUGAUGUGUGUUUUUUAAUGCCCCCAUUAUGAGAAUGAAAAUGACUAAAU